CCGAAACCGCCAUGUUGUAAUGUGAAGCAGAAAUUAACAAUUUUCACUUUAGUUUUAGGUGAAUUAUUUUGAAUAAAACUUUGUGUUUGUGUUAUUUAUUCUUCGGUGGUAUACAGUAGCUAUUGAAGCUACAUUGUUACUGUAUUUUAGACAUAUUUGUUGCAGCAUUUUGCAGAAAUUAUGGCUCAAACCUCACUUCCCACAGAAGAUAUUGGUUACAUACCUAAUAAGUUAUACAAGGCAGAAAAGCGGUUGGAACAAUUUCCAUAUGAUACAGAGUCCUGGAGUGUGCUGAUAAGAGAUGCACAGAAUAAAAAGAUUGAAGAUGCAAGGCCAUUGUUCGAGCGAUUGAUUGCACAAUUUCCCAAUAGUGGGCGCUACUGGAAGCUUUAUAUUGAGCAAGAGAUGAAACACAGAAACUAUGAAAGAGUAGAAAAGUUGUUUCAGCGAUGUCUUAUAAAAGUACUGAACAUAGAUCUCUGGAAGACGUAUCUGAACUACAUCAAAGAAACAAAAGGUUCCCUCCCUUCUUAUAGGGAGAAGAUGGCCCAAGCUUAUGACUUUGCAUUGGAUAAAAUCGGCAUGGAUAUUAUGUCCCUUCAGAUCUGGAUUGACUAUAUCAACUUUCUCAAAUCAGUCGAGGCAGUGGGUUCAUAUGCGGAAAACCAGCGAAUCACUGCAGUUCGUAAAGUCUACCAGCGUGCGGUCAUCAACCCUAUGAUAGGUAUAGAGCAAGUCUGGAAGGAGUACAAUCAGUAUGAACAGGCCAUCAAUCCAUUAAUUGCCAAGAAGAUGGUAGAAGACAGAGGGAAGGCUUACGCUAAUGCUAAGAGAGUCUCUAAAGAAUAUGAAAAUAUGACAAAGGGCCUCCAGAGGAAUCUACCCUCAAUCCCACCCACCAAUACACCGGAGGAAGCCAAGCAGGUUGAACUUUGGAAAAAAUAUAUCAGUUGGGAAAAGAGUAACCCUCUGAGGACAGAAGACCAUGCGAAGAUGACAACGAGGGUUAUGUUUGCAUUUGAGCAGUGUCUCCUCUGCCUUGGGCACCAUCCUGAUAUUUGGUAUGAGGCUGCUUGUUACUUGGAACAAUCAAGUAAAUUACUCACAGAAAAAGGGGACCAGAACUCAGCUAAACAAUUUGCAGAUGAAGCUGCCCUGAUCUAUGAACGUUCCACCUCUACACUCAUGAAGUCUAAUAUGUUACUCUUCUUCGCUUAUGCAGACUUUGAGGAGGGUCGAAUGAAAUAUGAAAAAGUUCACAGUAUUUACAAAAAGGCUCUAGGGUCACAGGACCUUGAUCCAACAUUAGUUUAUAUCCAGUAUAUGAAAUUUGGGAGAAGGGCCGAGGGCAUUAAAUCAGCAAGGGCAUUAUUUAAGAUGGCCAGAGAAGAUUCUAGAUGUAAAUACCAUAUUUAUAUAGCAGCUGCCUUAAUGGAAUACUACACUAGUAAAGACAAAAGUGUUGCAUUUAAAAUAUUUGAGCUUGGGCUAAAGAAGUAUGGGAGCAUUCCAGAAUAUGUACUUGCAUAUUUAGAGUACAUGUCUCAUUUAAAUGAGGAAAACAACACUCGGGUGCUUUUUGAGAGAGCACUCUCUUCGGGUGCUUUGGAGGCAGAUAAGGCAAAUGAGAUCUGGGCCACAUUUCUUGAGUUUGAGACUCAGAUUGGUGACCUUGCCAGUAUACUGAAAGUGGAGAAGCGCAGGGCACAGUUAUGUGAGGGAAAGUUUGGCAGUGAAACAGCUUUAUUGGUUGACAGGUACAAAUACAUGGACCUUUACCCUUGCUCCAAUGCAGAACUCAGGGCUUUGCAAUAUAAAGAUUUAUCACGUCAGGCUAAAACACCUGGUUUCCUUAGCAACACACCUGAACCAAUCAAGACUGAAGCAGAGGAGAAGUCUACUACUGAAGUUAAGAAAUCAAGUGUAUACCCAAAGCCAGAUCUCAAUCAAAUGAUACCAUUUAAACCCAGAAAAAUAGUCCCUACAGGCAACCAUCCCAUUCCUGGUGGAGUUUUUCCCCCACCACCCGCUGCAUCAGAACUCUUGUCGAAGCUACCACCACCUACAUCUUUUAAAGGUCCCUUUGUUGUCAUGGACAAAUUUAUGGAAAAUUUUGCGAAAUUGGCACUGCCAGAUGGUCCAGUAGUAAUAGAGAAUGGAGUAGAUGAAUCUAAAAUGGACUUGGGUACCCGGUUUUCAUUGGACAUUGCAUCAGGGGCGAGAAAACGAAAGAUUUUAAAUUUAAAAAAUGAAAAUGAGGAGAGUGAUGAUGAAGAAACAGUGGCGCCACCUGCGCAUGAUAUUUAUAGGGCAAGGCAGCAUAAAAAAACUAAAUGAUGAAAAUUGUUUUCAUCAUGUAUUUGAGAAAUUAGUUAUUUUUUUAAAUGUAGAAUAAUAAGAUUGCAAUAGCUUUUAUCUGCAUGUACAUGAAAUUUCAAUUACAUAUUUUAAAUAAAACAAUGAUCUAAUUAGUAAUCAGCGCGCAUACUUCACUGACUUAAUAUGAAUUUAUAAAUAUGAACGGAUUGUUAGCAGGUAACUUAUCAUGGUUUUAUGGGCUGGGGACAAGGAUGAAAAUUUUGUUGGAAUCACACAAAAUACAUUAUAUAAGAUCAAUAUAAUACAUAUUUUUGAGGGGAAAUCACAAUUGCCAUCAAAUCUACACAUUUAGUAUGUGAGUUAUUCAUGAGAAGCAUAUUUUCUUCGAGCUAUUUAAUUCCAAAAUAAGGCAAUGUAAGCUGCUUUAAUUUGACCACCAUUUUAAUAUGGCAGAUUGAUGACAACCACCAUAUUAAGUCUCGGCAAUUUUUUUAAUAAAUUCCGGGGAUUCCCUUGCAGGAUAAAAACAU